UAGAACGUAGGCUCGCAGAAUUCCACUGACAUCAUCAUCUUGACCGAUUGUCAGUUUCUCUUUACUUGCACCUACAACAACUAUGGACGGAGGAUCGGAAUUAUUUGCCUCUUAUGAGGCUGAUUUUAGACUGGCGUAUGCUGAAAUCACACAAAAGAUUGAUCAGAUUCCAGAUUUAGCUGCUGAACCACGGAAGGCAUCUAUUCGGGCUGCUGAGCGUGCUAUUGAUGAGGCCGACGAAAUCAUGGGUCAAAUGACCAUCGAGCUGCAAAAUAUCUCCUCUGGUCAGCGAGCAAAACUGAACGCCCGCCUGCGCAACUACCGAGCCGAACUCGACACCGCCAAGCGUGAUCUCCGCCGUGCGACCGAGCAAGCAGAUCGGAAAGAGCUCUUCGGCGCCCGCGCGCGAGCAUCCGGCGGCGCCACUCUGUCUGCCGACGACAUGUCGCAGGACCAGCGCCAGCAACUUCUCUCCGGCACCGACCGACUCGAGAACUCGUCGCAGCGUCUGCGCGACUCUCAGCGCGUGGCUAAUGAGACCGAGACGAUCGGCGCCAGCAUCUUGACCGAUCUCCGCGGCCAGCGAGAACAGAUCAUCAACUCUCGCAACGUACUCAUGACUGCUGACGGCCAUGUUGAUAAGAGUGUCAGAACCCUACGAGGCAUGGCUCGACGGAUGAUCACAAACAGAAUCAUCACCGUCGGUAUCGUCGUCCUGCUCAUCCUCAUUAUCGCCGCCAUUCUCAUGGGCCGCUUUAUCCCUCGUCGCAGGUAGAAAACUACUACCUGUUCCCGUUGUAUCCUCUACUUCCAUACUCUUUAUCAGUGCUCCAAAGCAUAUUAGGUUGUGACCUUGGUUACGGUGUCGGUUUAUCUGUUUUGUUUCAAUUUUGUGCCGCAAUAUUUUUGUAUUCAAAUCUUGUCUUCUCUUUAGAUGUGUGUUGGGGUGUUUGUUGUUUGUAGGGUAGUCAAUAAAUUAAUUUUCCCAUCCAAGUUUAUCCAUUU